GAUUGCACAACUUCUACGCCGGGUGACUAUUAACAAGCUGGAUCGGCGGCUGCGACGGCAGCAGCAACAGAAAACGCGCAGGGAGACUGCUCAUCCACUGCCUCCAGCCGAGUCCCCGAGUUUGAUGUUCUCCUGCUGCCUUUUGGACUCAUCAUGUCUCCCUUUGGAAGGAAUCUCUUAAAGACCCGCCACAAAAAUAGAUCGUCUGUGAAAGAAAUGGAAUCCAGUGAACAAGAAAUCAUAGUCUGGGUUUGCCAGGAAGAGAAGAUUGUCAGUGGACUGACUAAACAUACAACUUGCAUGGAAGUAAUUGAAGCUUUGCUGGAAGAUCAAACAACAUUGGCAGAGAAGAGAUUUCUCUUUGGAGAAUGUAAAGAUUAUUGCAUUAUAGAAAAAUGGAGAGGUUCUGAGCGGGUUCUUCCACCUCUCACAAAAAUGCUCAGACUCUGGAAAGCGUGGGGAGAAGAGCAACCUAAUUUGCACUUUGUCUUGGUCAAGGCAGAUGCUUUCCUUCCCUUGCCUUUGUGGAGGACAUCUGAAGCCAAGAUAGCCAACCUAGAAAUGCACUUGGAUCUGAGUCCAGCAAAUUAUAUGAAGAUGUUGUCAGUGGACAAACAAAAGAAAAUUCUUAGAAAAACCUUUAAGAAACUGGCCAAACUUAAACAGGAAGGAGUUCUGCAGGAGAGGGACAAUAUAGAGACACUAAUCCAUCUCAUCCUUUCUCAAGACCAUACUAUUCACCAACAGAUUAAUAGAAUGAAGGAACUAGAUAUGGAAAUUGAAGAGUGUGAAGCCAAAUUCCAGCUUGAAAGUGAUGGGGAAAAUUAUGUCCAAGAGUCUUAUUUAAUGUCUUCUUGUAGCAGUUCUGAACAGCUAGUGGAAAUGCCUCACCACCAUCAGCCGGAAAGUUCAAACAAAUAUGAUGGGAUUUUACAAGUGGAAGGACUAAGGCACCACAAGUUGAUGAUUGAAAAGCUCUCUGCUGAAAUUGAACAAGAGGUUAAGGAAAGUGAAAAAAAUGGAGACAUACGCACAGAAGAAGCACCUAAAGGUGAAGGGGAAAACACUGAUCUAGAAAGUGUUAAGAAUGAGCUGGAGAGAAGUAUGAAAGAUGCUCUGAGGAUUCAUUCUCAGUUGAAUUGCAUAGAGCAGGAACUAAAAUAUCGGGACUUGAUGCUUCAAAGGAAGGAAAAAGAAUAUGAACUACUUGUAGAAGAGCUUAGUGGUUUGCAUGCUAAAGAUAAAAAUGUAUUCAGGUAUCCAACCAGUGAAGAGGAAAUGAAGGACAAUGAAACUGGAACCUGUACAAAAAACUUUCGGAACAGACUUUCUUCAAAAAUGACAAAUUUGGACCUAAAUGAUACAGACUCUGACACUGGAAUCAGUUCUACUCACAGCCAAGACUCAGAGACAGCUGUAGGAGAUACAUUGCUUUGUCCACAUAAUUGAAAACACUUAUUUGAACUGAGGCAAAUGUAAUAUUUUCACCCUUUAAAAAUCAAAUAGGAAAUGUGGCACCUUUUAAAUUUGAAUCAAGUUCUAAUGGGAUACGUUUCCCUGAAUAUUUAUCAUAGAAAUAAAUCAGGCAAAUCAUGGAGCCAAAUCUUAUAAACAGAAAGGAAUAUACAGUAAAAUUAUAUUCCCUUUUUUCAAAUAAUGUAGCAAAUUCAACUGUUAAUCAUGUAGAUACAGACUAACCAGACUUGGGUGAGAUAGACAUAGGUAUAAGUCCAUAUACCAAUACAAGUUCUCCUUUGUAUGUAUUAUCAGUCCAUAGAAUUCUAUGGAGAAUAUUGUCUUUUGUUUUUAUACUGAUUCACUGCCAAUUCAAUGCAAAUAAUGUGGGUAUUUUGCGAUGGAAAGUCUAAUCUUUGAAUGUCUGUGAUAUUUGUGGAAAAUGUACAGCAUUAGUACAGCAGAUUUCUUGUGCUGCCUUUUAUUAAAUCAUAAAACAAAGUUUACAAAUUGCUAUUCCAGUCCAAGUUCUACAGUUGCAUAUAAGCAAUGUUUUAUCAAAUUUUCAAUAGUUCAUUUAUCAUGUUGCAUAUCUCUAAAUAAGGUGCAGAUUUAAAAGAUCAGUUGUUUUCCUAAAUAUAAAUGUAAGAUAAUGAAGUAAAUAAAUUUUACAGUGCCAUAAUAUAAAUAUGAAUCUGAUAACUCUUUAAGCAGCAUAUGCUAGUUAAGCAAGAACAAGUGAGGACAGUGCUCGAUGUAUUAUAGAUGAGGCCUAUGGAUAUGCCCAGAUUACAGCAUAUGAAUGCUAUUUACCUUGGACUAAUAUAGAGUUACAGUGAGAAAGGCCAUCAAUAAAAGGCCACUU